AUGGGGCGCCCUCCGGCGUACCUGUUCGUCGUGAGGCACGGCAACCGUCUCGAUGCUGCCGACAAGCAAUGGCAUCUUUCAUCACCAACCCCAUAUGACCCUCCUCUCACUUACAGCGGUUGGCAGCAGGCAAAGAGCUUAGGUGUCAGGAUCGCAAACAUUAUCUAUGAAAAGAUCAAAGAAGAGGAACUUGCCUCAAGCAUGACCUCGGAUCUCUCAGCAAAACCAAAGCGUAAAAGAUACCAAGUUGUCAUCCACAGCUCCCCUUUCCUCCGAUGCAUCCAGACGUCCAUUGCCAUCAGCGCGGGUCUGGCGCAAGACUCGACCCCAUUCCAUGUCGGGAUCGAUCAACCUCAGGUUUCGCCACACCAAGCCCAAGCUUCGUCCUCUGACGAACAACCCAAGCUCACUCUCGACACUAGUAUUUCUGCCACAGCGACUCCAUUACCAAGGAUACGAAGAUCGGUGCUACGGUUGGAUGCUUGGCUGGGAGAAUGGCUUUCACCAAGCUACUUUGAGUUCAUUACUCCCCCUCCUGCGUCAGUCAUGAUGCUUGCCAGUGCUAAAGCCGACUUGCUUCGUCGAGAAGAUUAUAGCCAUUAUCCCCACACUAGCGUUCAUGCACGCUCAAAUUCCUCUCAGCUUUGGAGCCCUUCCCAGCCGAAGCCCCUCGAGAACAUGUAUGGUCUGGCCGGCUCGCUGCCAAGCUCAACGGCAGGAAGUGGUGCUGAGAAUGGUCAGAGUGAUUCUACUCAGCACCCUGCCCAACCUGGCUACAUAGCCCCAGUCCCUCAUUAUGCCGUUGAUGGCAACAGCACCAUCCCCCCAGGCUUUGUCUCCCAUGCCAAAGAUGCUUGUGUUGACAUAGACUACCAGUGGGACUCGACUAGGAGCCCGCUGGACUGGGGUGAUGGCGGUUCCUUUCCUGAGGAGUGGCCCGAAAUGCACAAACGGUUUCGUGCAGGAAUUCAACGCUUGGUAGAAUGGUAUUCGACAACCGAGAACCCCACGGAAAUGGUUACCAGGUCUGUUUUGAAGAACACCAAGAGUGUUCCUGCAGAUGCACUACCUGAGGGGAUUCAAGAUGUCGAAACUGAGGCGAUUGUGAUCCUUGUUUCUCAUGGAGCUGGCUGCAAUGCCCUAAUCGGUGCCAUUACACAUAAGCCCGUUCUCAUCGACGUUGGUUUGACCUCCUUGACAAUGGCUGUCCGCAAACAACACCUAGGCUCGCAGUCGUCUUCGGACGACAACGGGGUAGAUGGUCCCAAGAGCAGCAGUCCAGUUCACGAGAUGUACGACCUAGAAAUCGUUGCCAGUACCGACCAUAUCCGGUCCCCUUCGCAAAGCCCGUCUGCGUCACGAAACCCCCCCAACAACGCCGCACUGAGUGGAGCCCGUGGACGCCACUUGUCGUUCUCUUGCGGGGAAAAUGAGGUUACUUGGUUCGAUAGUUCCGGGAGCAGAAUAUUUUCGGCCAAUGCUGGUCUGAGUGCAUUCCGUAGGAACCAAAACAACUCGUCGGUAUCCUUCGCCUUCAACAACCCCGGCAUCAUUCCGAGAACGAAUACCUUAUUCUCGUCGAUUAAGCCUUCUUCCAACGUGAGCAAGUCUUCUGGCACAGGACUGUGGACCCCUUCCUCAUCGUUAAAGGAGUCGGAGAGAGAGGAUUCCUCUCAAUCCAAGUCUGACCAGGUGAAGAAAGAAUAUUCGUCAUCUUCCUUGAUUACCGAAGAUAGGACUGCAAAGAUCGCGGAAAUUUCGGCCGACAGCAAGACUGCCAACGGGCCCAAAGAGGUCAAGUUCGAAGAGGAGGCUGUUGCAGAUUCCGAUGGGUUGUGGGGGGCUUCGAUACCGCCGGACGAAGCUGACAAACUGCGAGAUACUAGCUCGCAUAAGCGCCGGUGGACUGUUACUGAGCGGGGGUGA